AUGGGCCUCUUCGGCGCGAAGAAGAACAAGUCUUUGGAGGAUGACCUUGCGACGCUGCGGAAGCUGCGCGACGACGACGCGAGCGGUGCGCUCAAGAAGUUCUUUGGGGAUGGCGAGGACCCGCGCGAGUGGAAGUACGGCAGAGCUGUCAGGGUGCAGGACGGCCGGGUGACUGGGUUCAACUCGGACAGUUGCACGAGAGUGACCGCGCUACCGGCCGCGAUCGGCGGGCUCGGUGAGCUGAGGACGCUCGACUUGCGCGGGUGCUCGAGCCUCACCGCGCUACCGGAUGCGAUCGGCGAGCUCAAAGCGCUGACAACGCUCAACUUGCAAUGUUCCUUGAGCCUCGCCGCGCUGCCGGCCGCAAUCGGCGGGCUCAAAGCGCUGACGACGCUCAACUUGCAACAGUGCUCGAGCCUCGCCGCGCUGCCGGACGCGAUAGGGGAGCUCGGAGCGCUGACGGAGCUCGACCUGACCAGCUGCACGAGCCUCGUCGCGCUACCGGGCGCGAUCGGCGAGCUUAAAGCGCUGACGAAGCUCAGCUUGUACGCUUGCACGAGCCUCACCGCCCUCCCGGCCGCGAUCGGCGGGCUCAACGCGCUGACGAAGCUAGAGUUGACCGUUUGCACGAGCCUCGCCGCGCUGCCGGACGCGAUCGGCGGGCUCAAAGCGCUGACGACGCUCAACUUGCAAUACUGCUCGGACCUGGCCGCGCUGCCGGACGCGAUCGGCGAGCUCAAAGCGCUGGCGGUGCUCGACUUGUCCAAUUGCAAGAAACUCGCCGCGCUGCCGGACUCCAUUGGCAGGCUCGGCGCGUUGAAGGAGCUCGACUUGCGAGAAUGCACGAGCCUCACCGCGCUGCCGGACGCGAUCGGCAAGCUCGGAGCGCUGAUGAAGCUCGACUUGUCCGGAUGUUGGAGCCUCGAAAAAUUGCCGGAAGGGAUUGUCGAGCGUGAAGGGCUGAAGGUGACGCUGCCAAUACUCUUUGAGAUCCCAGCAUCCCUGCGCGAGGACUUAACCGCUCUGCGGAAACUGCGCGACGACGACGCGAGCGGUGCGCUGAAGGAGUUUUUUGGGGAUGGCGAGGACCCGCGCGAUUGGAAAUACGAACUUUACGGAAAAAAACAGAAAUGUGUCGCGGUGGCGGACAGUCGGGUGAAUUAUCUUGACUUGUUCGAGUGCUCGAGCCUCACCACGCUGCCGGCCGCAAUCGGCGGGCUCAAGGCGCUGACGGAGCUCAAAUUGCAAGGGUGCUCGAGCCUCACCGCGCUACCGGACGCGAUCGGCGAGCUCGGCGCGCUGACAAAGCUCAGCUUGUUCAACUGCUCGAGCCUCACCGAACUACCGGACGCGAUCGGUGAGCUGGGCGCGCUAAAGUAUCUCAGCUUGAGAGGGUGCGCGAGCCUCGCCGAACUGCCGGCGGCGAUCGGCGAGCUCGGUGAGCUGACGCAGCUCAACUUGAGCGGCUGCUCGAGCCUCGUCGCCCUACCGGAGUCGAUCGCCGGCCUCGACGCGCUGGCGAACCUCGACGUGCGCGCCUGCCCCAAGCUGACGUUCCCGCCCCCGAACACGCACGGCGACCUCAAACGAGUCAAGCGCCUGCUGAAGAACACGACCCGGCUCCUCGCCGGCGAGAUUUCUGAAGGACGCGGCCGCUUUUGAUCUCGUGUCGAAGCUGCUCGUCCGCAAUCCUAAAGAACGAGCCAAAUUUAGCAUCAUCGACGCGCUCGCGACACACCCGUUCUUUAAUCCACCAGAUCAUGGCGGCGACUCGACGGUGAACAACGGCGACUCGACGGGGAACCUCAACCUUGAAAUAGUUAAGCAACUCGAAAUGAUGCAGAAGACGUUGGACUCGGUCAAGGAGGACACGUCGUCCAUUCUGAGAUUGAGCGAGGAGCACCGCGACGAGCUCCGCCAGACGCGCAGCACGCUGAUCAGAGCCGUCUUCGAUGCCACGGAGGUCUCGACGCCGACGGCGUUCGUCAUUCUGAAGAAGAAACUUCCGACGGGGCAGGCCAGGGUCGAGUUGACGUUGAACGAUGACGGCACCGGGUUUGCGGUGGAGGGCAAGGCCGUCGCCGAGGCGAAGGAACGCUACGAGGAGGGCAAGACAUGGAUGGGUACUUUGGCGAAAUUUGGCCGUGGCGUCAUGAAGUGCAACCCGAAGACCAUUAGCGACGCGGUCCACAAGGCCUGCGAUGAACUGGUGGUGGGAGAGGAGAUGUGGUUAUACCUCGUCGACGAGCUGACAGGGAAACCCGUGGUGCCGGAGGGCGAAUCCAUCUACCCUAUUCGCAUCACCAAGCCGGCAGAGGUCGUUUCGAAGCUCCUGCCGGUCAUGCAGGUCGGCCUGCACGCGGCGUCACUGGUCAACGGCGUCGCGGGCGUCGUCCGAUGCUUUGGCUACCCAUGCCCCAAGGUUCCCGAGGCGUGGCGCGCGGGUGCGCAAGACUCGGUCGAGAUACUGAAGCAGGAAAGUUCGGUGGAGGCCUUCGGCGCGGUCCACGAGGAGGUACUGGGCGGAGGGGAGGAGACGAAGACGACGCGCGGCGCGGCCCUGCGGGAGCUGAAAACGUUUUUUGCAGAACGUGAUAAACAGGGAAGCUACGCGGGCCUGCGGCGCAUCGGCGACGACGACGGUACCGCCGUGUGGACGCUGUUGACGGACCCGGAGGAGGUGAAGGCGGCCAUAGAGAAACGCGCCGCGCAGCGACGCGUCGAGAUGAAGCAGCACGACGUCUUCGUCGCGACCGCGCUCAGCGACGGGUCGGAGGAGGCCUCGCAAGCGCUCGCGGAACGGGUGGCGGCCAUCGCGGAGUCGCGGGCCGCCGCGCCGGCGAGCGGCGACGCGGCCGCGCCAGCGUGGGCGGCUCGCUUCGAGGCGCGCAUGAUGAAAAUCGAGGAGAAGCUCGACGCGAGCCUCCAGCGCGACGCCGCGCGCGGGUCGGGCGUCGCGGGCGUGCGCGCGCUCUCCUGA